GCCAUACCAUACCUGAGCUCUCCUCCCCCCUGUCCUCUCCCGCAAGCAACACAGCGUCAUCACGCUCGGCCUCUCUCCCUUCGAACUCCCCGUCCGUCCCCUGCAAACGACCAAGCGGCCCUUCCAAAAACUUGGUCGCUCCUCUCGGAAACUCCAGUCCGGGCAAAAUAAGUGACGAUCCCUUCUUGUUCCCCGCCUCGCUGAAUCCAAUCUUAUCUGCGCGCUCCAAGUCGGUGUGCUUAGUUGGCAGCAAGUUCAAGCUACGAGCACAGCAACAUGCGACCAGAACGGCCAUUGCUGCCGCCGUCUACUCCGCCCCUGCCGCCGCAACAGACGGAGGAAGCGGCGGGACGAGCAAGUGUGGAUGUGCCCGACAGGCUGCCGGACCCGGUGCCGUCGCCGAUACUAAGACAUUCGCCCGCGAGCUCAACCAGGCGGUCGCGGUCGCUGAGGUCCGUCAUGGCCAACUCGCCGUCGGUCACCUUCGCGGAGGACAUCAGGUCGGGCUCCAAGGCCGAGUCCAGCGCGUCGUCGUUCGAGAACUUCCAGUUCCGGCUCGCCGGCUCCAUGACCGGAACCCCCGCCGGCGUCGCGCGGGUGUCCACGAGGCGGUCCGCGUCCGAACGUGCCGGCUCGCAGCGGGACCUCCGCGACGAGGACGCGCGGUUCGUGUACAUUAACGACGCGGACCACACGAACGCGCCGCCGGCAAGGUUCCCGGACAACGGGAUCCACACCACCAAGUACUCCAUCCUCACCUUCGUCCCGCGCAACCUCUACGAGCAGUUCCACCGGGUGGCUUACGUCUACUUCCUCAUCCUGGCAGCGCUGAACCAGGUGCCGCAGCUCGGCGUGUUCUCGCCGGUCGCAUCCAUCCUGCCGCUGGCGUUCGUGCUCGGCGUGACGGCAGUGAAGGACGCUUACGAGGACUGGAGGCGCCACCGGUCGGACAAGACCGAGAACAACCGCACCGCGUCGGUGCUGGUGGGCGGCGUGUUCCGGCCGAAGCGGUGGAAGGAGAUACAGGUGGGCGAGGUGGUGCGCGUGGUCGCCAACGAGACGCUGCCGUGCGACAUGGUGCUGCUGUCCACGAGCGACCCCACCGGCGUGGCCUACGUCCAGACCAUUAACCUCGACGGCGAGUCCAACCUCAAGACGCGGUACGCCAAGCAGGAGACCAUGCCCACGCCGCCCGAGGCGCUCGCGGGGAUCAUCAAGUGCGAGAAGCCCAACCGCAACAUCUACGGCUUCCUCGCCACCGUGGACCUCGACGGCCGCGGCGCCGUCUCUCUCGGCCCCUCCAACAUCGUGCUCCGGGGAUGCGAGAUCAAGAACACGACCUGGGCCAUCGGCGUGGCCGUGUACACCGGCCGGGACACCAAGGUCAUGCUCAACAACUCCGGCGCGCCAUCCAAGCGCAGCCGGCUCGAGACGCACAUGAACCGCGAGACCAUCGUCCUCACCGUCGUCCUGGUCCUCCUCUGCUCCAUCGUGACGCUCCUGGCGGGCAUCUGGCUUGGCGACCACAGCGACGAGCUCGCCGUGAUCCCGUACUUCCGCAAGAAGGAUUUCUCGUCCAGUAACGCCGACGGCACCUACAAGUGGUACGGCGCGGGCCCGCAGGUGGUGUUCACGUUCAUGAUGGCGGUGAUCCAGUUCCAGGUGAUGAUCCCCAUCGCGCUGUUCAUCUCCAUGGAGCUCAGCAGGGUCGGGCAGGCCUACUUCAUGGUGCAGGACAAGCACAUGUUCGACGGCAAGAGGCAGGCCAAGUUCCAGUGCCGGGCGCUCAACAUCAACGAGGACCUCGGGCAGAUCAAGUACGUGUUCUCCGACAAGACCGGCACGCUCACCGAGAAUCAGAUGGAGUUCCGGUGCGCCAGCGUGCACGGCGGCGACUUCAGCGACACCGACGGCGGCGGCGGCGACGGGCAUUCCGUGACCGGGGAGGAUGGCGUUGUCCUGAGGCCGAAGACGGCCGUGAAGACGGACCCAAAGCUGAUGGCGCUGCUCAAGGACGGCGCCGGGGAGAAGGCCGUCCGCGCCCGCGACUUCUUCCUCACGCUGGCGACGUGCAACACCAUCGUGCCCAUUGUCGUCGACACACCCGACCCUGCGGCGAGGCUGCUGGAGUACCAGGGCGAGUCCCCCGACGAGCAGGCGCUGGUGUACGCCGCCGCGGCGUACGGGUACACGCUCGUGGAGCGCACCUCCGGGCACAUCAUCGUCGACGUGUUCGGCACCAGGCAGAGAUAUGAUGUCCUUGGGCUUCAUGAGUUUGACAGCGACCGCAAGAGGAUGUCUGUUAUAGUUGGCUGCCCUGAUAAGACAGUGAAGCUGUUUGUAAAAGGCGCAGAUAGUUCGAUGUUUGGAGUCAUUGACAAAUCGAUGAAUUCAGAUGUUGUCCAAGCAACCGAGAAGCAUCUCCAUUCAUAUUCAUCAAUAGGCCUGCGGACGCUUGUCAUCGGUAUGCGAGAACUCAGCCAAACUGAGUUUCAGGAGUGGCAAAUAGCUUAUGAAAAGGCUAGCACCUCGCUACUAGGCAGAGGGAACCUACUCCGCGGUGUGGCUACAAACAUUGAAAGGAACUUGCGGCUGUUGGGAGCCUCUGGUAUUGAGGACAAACUGCAGGACGGAGUACCUGAAGCAAUUGAGAAACUGAGGCAAGCAGGGAUCAAGGUAUGGGUACUGACAGGUGACAAGCAAGAAACUGCCAUCUCCAUUGGCUAUUCCUGCAAGCUUUUGACAAGGGACAUGACACAGAUUGUAAUCAAUAGUCACUCAAGAGAGUCAUGCAGAAAGAUUCUAGAUGACGCAGUCUCCAUGGUUAACAAACUGCGAUCAUUCUCGACAGACCCGCAAGCUAAAAUGCCCCUUGCUUUGAUCAUUGAUGGUAACAGCCUCGUCUACAUUUUUGAUACAGAUCGGGAAGAGAAGCUUUUUGAAGUCGCGAAAGCUUGUGACGUUGUUCUAUGUUGUCGGGUAGCUCCCCUACAGAAGGCUGGUAUUGUCGAUUUAAUAAAGAAGCGAACAAGUGACAUGACUCUAGCCAUUGGAGAUGGUGCAAAUGAUGUAUCCAUGAUUCAAAUGGCCGAUGUUGGCAUUGGCAUCAGUGGGCAAGAGGGAAGGCAAGCUGUUAUGGCCUCAGAUUUUGCCAUGGGGCAAUUCAGAUUUUUGGUUCCUCUGUUGUUGGUUCAUGGCCAUUGGAACUACCAGAGGAUGGGCUACAUGAUCCUAUAUAACUUCUACAGAAAUGCUACUUUUGUCUUUGUGCUUUUCUGGUAUGUACUUUACACUGGUUUCACCCUGACAACAGCAAUAACUGAGUGGAGCAGUGUGCUAUACUCUGUGAUAUACACUGCUGUCCCUACUAUUGUUGUUGCCAUUCUUGACAAGGAUCUCAGCCGGAGGACAUUGCUGAAAUAUCCCCAACUCUAUGGUGCGGGGCAGCGCGAGGAGAAUUAUAACCUAAGGCUAUUCAUCUUCAUCAUGCUGGACUCCAUCUGGCAGAGCCUUGCAAUUUUCUUCAUCCCUUACCUUGCAUACAGAAAGAGUGUAAUUGACGGUGCCAGCCUGGGAGACCUCUGGACGCUAUCUGUUGUCAUUCUUGUCAACAUCCACCUUGCAAUGGAUGUCAUCAGAUGGAACUGGAUUACACAUGCGGCAAUAUGGGGUAGCAUUGCUGCGACAUGGAUUUGCGUCAUGAUCAUAGAUUCCAUACCGAUCAUGCCUGGUUUCUGGGCAAUCUAUAAGAUGAUGGGAACUGGAUUGUUUUGGGCACUGCUGCUUGCGGUGACCGUAGUCGCAAUGAUUCCUCAUUUUGUCGCAAAGGCCUUCAGAGAGUACUUCACCCCCAAUGAUAUUCAGAUUGCGAGAGAAAUGGAGAAGUCGCAAGAUUUGCAUGAUGCAACUCAUCCAGAGGUUCAGAUGAGUACAGUAGCUAGAGCUUAGGGGUAGGGGCUAAGGGGUUACACAAUGAUCUUUUUGUUCAUUCGAACAGGAUAGAUUUAUACCUUCUUUGGUUCUUUUUGUUGUGUGUAUAUUAGGCAAUUCUUUUGAGCAGUGAGCAAGGUUUCUUUCAGCUUUGCUCCCUUGCCAACUAUCCAAAGGAUAGGUCCCUUGUACCCAUUCUGUGUAUCUACCAGCCAAAGUUUGUUGAUUUAUAUGAAAGGAAAUCAUACAGGAGUUAACUGUACAAAUGCAGAAACUGAUCCACAUGCUUUAUAAUGGUAAACCGUAGAUAUUCAUCA